AUAGUCCGCUAACUUCUGUGUGGUCAUCAGGCAGCCGAUCCAUGAGGUCCUCUGCUCGUCUGGCCUUUUCCCUCACAUCGCUGGUACAUAUAAUAACACUGUAAAUUAUCUUUAUUGUUUACAUUCUCUGCUAGUGGACAUGUAUGUCAUCUGAUACUUGAACGGCAGCCAACGCGGAAAAGUGCUCUCCUCUCUCGCCUAAUACCGUACGUCUCGCCUAGGUUUAGCUAUGAUGUGAUCAGGAAAUAGUCGCCUCGGAUGAAACGUGUCGAUAAUGAUGUUAAUAUCUGCAUUUAUUCACGCCCCGAUGCUGUUAUUUCGAUAGCCACUUGGGAGGAACCGCUACGUUUUCUGAGGCGGAAACAACAGUGAAGACGGAGAGGGCAUCUGCUGUGCCACGCUUCGCCGCAGAACAUGUCUUUCUUCAAUUUUCGGAAGAUAUUCAAGUUUCCGGACAAAAAGAAGAAGCAGUACGAGCAUGUCCACAGAGACGUCAACCCGGAGGAGAUAUGGGAGAUCAUCGGGGAGCUUGGAGAUGGCGCGUUUGGCAAAGUCUACAAGGCUCAGAAUAAACAGAAUGGGACCCUCGCUGCUGCCAAGGUUAUUGACACAAAGACAGAGGAUGAGCUGGAGGAUUACAUGGUGGAGAUUGACAUCCUGGCCUCUUGUGACCACCAUUACAUUGUCAAACUGCUGGACGCCUUCUACUUUGAGGGAAAACUUUGGAUUCUAAUUGAGUUCUGUGCGGGCGGUGCUGUUGAUGCCAUCAUGUUGGAGCUGGAAAAGCCCCUGACUGAGCCCCAGAUCCGGGUGGUGUGUAAACAAACCUUGGAGGCCCUAAUUUACCUUCACGAGAACAAGAUUAUCCACCGGGACCUGAAGGCUGGAAACAUUCUGCUCUCAUUAGAGGGAGACGUCAAGCUAGCUGACUUUGGGGUGUCUGCUAAAAAUACCAAGACGCUACAGAGAAGGGACUCUUUCAUUGGCACUCCAUAUUGGAUGGCCCCAGAGGUGGUCAUGUGUGAGACUUCCAAGGACCGCCCAUAUGACUACAAGGCUGAUAUCUGGUCUCUGGGCGUGACCCUGAUUGAACUGGCCCAAGUCGAACCCCCCAACCACGAGAUGAACCCCAUGAGAGUGCUGCUGAAAAUAGCCAAGUCUGAACCGCCCACACUGAUGAACCCUUCGCGCUGGUCUCCAGAGUUCAGUGACUUUCUGAAGAGGGCCCUUGAUAAGAAUGUGGACAACAGGUGGAGUGCAGCACAGCUGUUUCAGCACCCAUUUGUCACCAGUGUAACUGACAGCAAACCUCUGCGAGAGCUCAUUGCUGAGGCCAAAGCUGAAGUACUGGAAGAAAUCGAAGAAAGCAAAGAGGAAGAGGAGGAGGAAGAGCCAGAAACGCCUUUGACUCGUGGACACAAGCGCGCAGCUUCAGAUGCUAGUGUUGCCAGUUCAGAAGAUGAGAAACUUACGCCUGCUGCUGCUGUUCUGGAGUCUGUCGUGGAGAAUAAAGAGACAGAGCCUGCGGAGGAUAGAGCCAGUGAUAAACUCUCUGAUGAAGGCCUGGGGACAAGCGAAGUGGACAAAACCGAGGAGGAGAAACUCAAUGAUGUUUCUGAGGUCAGCCAAGAAGACCUCAUUCAAGCCCCUGCUGAAGAAGUACCAGAAGAUAUCACUGAAAAAGUUGAAGAUGCUAAGCCAGUCAAUGAAGAAAGUGCAGCUGCUCCUAUUGAUCUACCUCAACCUGCAACAAAAGAAGAAAAUGUAGAAAUUGCAGAAACGACAAUGCCAGAAAUAGAAAAACAGAAUGAGACAGUAGAAGAUAAAAUGGAAGAUGCGUCCACUAAAGAUGUAGAAAUGAUUAAACCAGAAGAGCAUAUUAGUGGUAAUGAAGAGAUAGCAGAAAAAGCAGAAGACAAAAACAUGGACCAACGUAAAGAACCAGAAGAACUACUAAAAGCAUUGAAAGAAGCUAAUGAAGAAAGCAAACCUGUUAUAGAACAAGAAGAGAUAGUUACACCUCCUACACUGCCAGAUACAGAUAUAAUAAAACAUGAUAAAGACUCUAUAGAGGAAAUAGGUCAAGGGUUGAUUUCUGUAGAGUUAAAUGUAGAUGAAGACAUACACGUGAAGGAAGAAGUAGUAGAAAUGUUACCUGAAGUUUUAGCUGAUGAAGAACCAAAACCAAGCCAGACCACUGAGAUAGUAGAAGAGAAAAGGGAGAACAUAGAAAUUAAAAAGGUAGAGGAGAAUUCUGUACAAGAAAACCAUGAAAUAAGUGAUGUUAAAGUUGAAGAAAAGGAACCCAAAAUCAUAUCAACAGGCGUGGCUAGCGAGGAUAGCAAAGAGGAGCCCCAAACAGCAGUGCCAACUAGUCCUUCCAAACAAGAAGAAGAGGAGAAGGAAGUUAGCGUUGAUAGAAGUGUUUCUCAAGAUGCGGUGUCAGUCCCAGAGAGCGAGACGGAUUCGGAGGCGAAGACGGAGCAGGGCAGUCCAGCUCUCGCCAAACCCGAUGGGGGGAAAGACUCGGAUUCAGGGAGCAGUUCAGCCGCUGACAGCAGCAGCCUCGACCUCAAUCUGUCCAUCUCCAGCUUCCUCACCAAAAGCAAGGAUAGCGGCUCCAUAUCUCUACAGGAGUCCAAGCGCCAGAAGAAGACCCUGAAGAAGACUCGUAAGUUCAUGGUGGACGGUGUGGAGGUGAGCGUGACCACGUCCAAGAUUGUCUCUGAGAAUGACGCCAAGAGUGAGGAGAUGCGUUUCCUCAGGCGGCAGGAGCUGAGAGAGCUUCGCCUGCUGCAAAAGGAGGAGCAAAGGGCCCAGCAGCAGCUCAGUAACAAACUCCAGCAACAGAGAGAACAGAUCUACAGACGCUUCGAACAGGAAACUACUGCCAAAAAGCGUCAGUAUGACACAGAGGUGGAGAACCUGGAGAAGAAGCAGAAGCAGACAAUUGAGAGGCUGGAACACGACCACACGAGUUGGCUCCGAGACGAGGCCAAACGCAUCAAGUCUGAGCAGGACAAGGAGCUCUCUAAGUUUCAGAACAUGAUGAAGAAUCGCAAGAAGGAGGCAGUGGCCCAGGUUAUGAUUCAGUCUUUUCAGUUGUCCUCAUGCGCACUCUUCAACGCUCAGAUGCAGGAUGAGCAGGAGUUCUUACAGAAGCAGCAACAGGAACUGGACGGAGCCUUGAAGAAGAUCAUCCAACAACACAAACUGGAAAUCUCCACUAUAGAGAGAGACUGCCUCAACCACAAGCAGCAGCUCAUGAGAGCCAGAGAAGCUGCUAUGUGGGAGCUGGAGGAGCGCCACCUGCAGGAGAAGCACCAGCAGCUCAAGCAGCAGCUUAAAGACCAGUACUUCCUGCAGAGACAUCAGCUGCUCAAGAGGCAUGAGAAGGAAAUGGAGCAGAUGCAGCGUUUCAACCAGCGCCUGAUCGAGGAGCUGAAGAACAAACAGACUCAGGAGAGAGCACGUCUCCCCAAGAUCCAGAGGAGCGAAGCCAAAACCAGGAUGGCCAUGUUCAAGAAGAGCCUCAGGAUCACCGCUACAGCAGCAGUCACUCCAGAGCAGGAGAGGGAGCGUAUCAAGCAGUUUGCUGCUCAGGAGGAGAAGCGUCAGAAGAACGAGAGGCUCCAUCAGCAUCAAAAACAUGAGAACCAGAUGAGAGACCUGCAGCUCCAGUGUGACGCCAAUGUCCGAGAACUGCAACAGCUGCAGAAUGAGAAAUGUCAUCUGCUGAUCGAACACGAGACACAGAAGCUGAAAGAACUUGACGAAGAGCACAACCAAGAAAUCAAAGAAUGGAGAGAGAAGCUGAGGCCCCGGAAAAAGGCACUGGAGGAGGAGUUCCAGAGAAAGCUCCAGGAGCAGGAAGUCUUCUUUAAAAUGAGCGGAGAGUCUGAGUGCCUUAAUCCGACCACUCAGAGUCGAGUGUCCAAGUUCUACCCCAUUCCCAACAUGCACAACUCCGGUGUUUAACUUCCUCUGAGCACCAAGCUGCACUUAAGGACUCUUAUCAGGGGGGAGAUGGAGGAUCCAACUAACCAUGAAAAUGUCAAAACACGAUGGAUUUUACCUUAUGGGAGCAGGACGUGCCUAACCCAAGUACACGCUCACACCAAACUAGUCCUCCCUCCUUCAUGACGAUUAGGGCCCAAAGAAAAAGAUGUUUCGCACUUUUCCCAGCAUGUUCACAUUGGUAGGCUAAUAUGAAUCCAAGCGUCUUUCAGUUCCCUGAAUGUUCAAUUUAGGAAAACAAAAAAUACUAGUGUCAGAAAUAUAAUAUUUGGGUCACUGAAAAAGAAAGAAAGUAUGCAUUUUACUCUUGAGAAAUUAGAAAAAAGUGUCAUAGUAAAAAAUAAGCUAAUGUGCAUUCUGAAUGAGAUAAAAAAAAAAAAAAGUAAUCUACAUAUGAGGUGAAUCACACAUUGUGAUGAUGACUGUAUUCUACUGAGUUAAAUCAGAGCAACUUUUAUAAAAUCAUUUUCCAUGAUUCCAUGUUUUUCAUUGGAAAACAUAAAGGUGCAUUGUGUGACUUUUUUGGAAGAGGGUUCCAUCAAAUACUUUUCUCCAUGGAGAUGUUAUUGCUUUGUCUGGAAUGUUUCACAGUAUGGUAUUAAACCUUUCUAGCUUCAUGGAGACCUGUGGAACAUUGCAGAGAGAGCAACGACAUCUCCACAGAAACAAGCGGGUGAUGGACCCUAACCAAAAAAGUUACAUAGUGCACCUUUAUGAUGAUAAUAUGCUGUACAUCUGAUUACUUUUAGGGAGUUACUUUGAGCUAAUGUUUGAAAAUGAAGACACAUGGAUGCUAAGGGAAUGUAAUGCUGUUUAUUUGCACUGUUUCGCACAUUGGUUAAUGAUUAAAUAUGCAUUUAGCUUUACUAUCUCUUAUGAUGGUACAGUACCCUUUGCUGCUUCUGUCUGUUCAAAAUACAGACUGACUGAAAUCAUAAAACAUCGCCACCUUCCAUUUUAGCUGUUCCUUUUAUUCCAAAUACCUUAUUUUACUAUUAUAGUUUUUAAAAUCGUAUAUUUAGCUUGCUGUAUGGCACGUUACAAAGAAAUUCCCAUUUUAUUUAUGGAUAUAUCUGGUCUUUAUAAAUUAAAGAUUACGCUGGAUUAUUUUGCCAUUGCUUAACUGUUGAUCUUCUCAUUGCUGUUAUCGAUGCUGAAUGACAUUUUAUAUUUUGUUUGGUCACAAGAUUUAUUAUUUGACUAGUAUGCAUUUCUUAUGUCAAAUCAGAUGUAUUUUAAGUUGCCUUUAUUAAUGUAAAUAAAAUAUGGACGGUUUUUAA